AUGGACGUUCAAAAUAAUUACCAAAAUUAUAAAGAAACAUCGCCGGACUCUAAAGAGUCCAAUUUGAGUGUAGAAAGUGCUAGAACUUCGCAGAUUGGGAAAACUGAAAUGUCUUCUGUAAAUCAGAAUAAAGGAGCGAAGAGAUCCUUCGACGUCGCGUUCUUGAUGAUGCCAGAUGACAAGCUCCAGCAAAAACAUCCAGAGAAGCAACUUCGUGUCUCUAAGCAACUCUUCCAUAGCGAGGAAUGGGAACAGCCGCCGAAAAGGAUCCCAGAAAUUUACAAGCAUAGUGAAUAUUCUUCGGACAACGCGAUUGACCUGAAAGAUCAAGAUGAUGAUAGAGUUCGCAUCAAUAACAACAUAUCACCAAGUUUUAGCUCCGAUAUUAACAUUGACGUUGGCACUGAUGAAUACCCGAGUAAGCCGAUGUACUAUAGUGAUUCCGAUAAUUCUGAAAGGUCUCGUAGUCGCCCUAAUUCCAACGAGAGCGCUACACGUCCUCCAAAGUUCCUUCCCGAGUAUAAGAACAAGAUUUUUGACGACCCCACUAUAAUCAGCAUGCAGUCUCGAGCAAGGUAUGAACGAACAUCUGACGUAUCUCCGAAAAGUGCGUUUACAAAAGUUUCGAGCUAUGCUAUACGGUCACCAAAUCCAUCAGUUAGUCCCGAUAAUUUGCUAUACCAGAACUCUGUGAGUCCACCGCUGUCUGCCGCGAGCCCUCCGAGUUUUAAUAAACCUCCAGGGUUCAACAACUUGUUAACUCCGGCUCAUCUAUUAAAUGGCAACAAUUUCUUCAAAGGGCAGAGCACUCCGUCGUCGUCGCCCAGUUAUCCCGACUCUGCUCUGCAGCAACGUCCAGCAACAUUCACUAAAGGUAUGGAAUAUCCAGACAAGGCAUCAGAUCAUAAAGCAUCACCGAACAAACUAAGUUUUUUACCGUUCAGACCAGACAUUCCAUACUUGCAAGGGAGUUCUUCUUAUCCAUUCGGCGUGCAAAAUUUUCAGCCGACAAAUUCUGAUUUUAUGAAGUUUCCUGUACCUUCGAGAGAACCUGUGAAUCCUCUGAUAGCGAACCCUGCCGCUGCAAUUCUCAGCACUCUACUGCCACCGACUCUCGCCGCGUUCUCUCUACCAGCACAGAAUGUAUGCGCGAAAUGUAGCAUCAGUUUCCGAAUGACAUCAGACCUGGUGUAUCAUAUGCGAACACAUCACAAGAGCGAGACAGCUACUGAUCCUAACAGAAGAAAAAGGGAAGAGAAGUUAAAAUGCCCCGUCUGCAACGAGAGCUUCAGAGAGAGGCAUCAUUUGACCAGACAUAUGACCGCUCACCAAGAUAAAGAAGGGGACAUGGAUGACCGGCGUAGCGGGGCCAGUCGCGCGCCGACCGCCGACGGAGACACAGAGCGGCAGACGCGCGGGCGUGCACUGUGCGAGCGCUGCGAUGGCGCGAUGAGGACUCGCGGGCGCGCGGCGGUGUGCUGGGCGCUGGUGUGGCUGGUGCGGCUCGUGUGGCUGGGCCGGCUGGCGGGCGCGGGCGCGCUGGCGCCGCGCCGGCUGUACUGCGAGCGCGCCGACGUCGCGUGGCGGGCGUACCGCGCGCCGGCCGCGUUCGAGGCGCGCGUGGUGUCGCUCGCGGCCGACGCUGCCGACGCCGCCACCGUGCAGGUGAAGCGGGUGCUGCGCCGGCAGGGACACUGGCCCAAGGACGACGCCGUCAUCCGGCUGCGGCUGCCCGAGGACGACCUACAGUGCUUGGGACGGUUCGAAGUGCCAUUGAAAAAUAGACGGAACUAUAUCGUGUUCGCGGAGAGGCGAGGCCACUCGGCGGUCGCGCUCGGCCCGCCGCUGAAGAGGACCGGCAAGUUGCUUAAGAGGAUCCGGGCGGUCUACAAGCCCGGUUACAUUAGUCAAGCCCGCGUGGAACCGAUGCAGUCGGUGCGAACGACGCGCGGGAGCCGCGUGCGGCUCGAGUGCAAGGCUAGCGCGCGCCCGCCGCCGCGCAUCUCCUGGUACAAAGACGGCCGGCCCGUCGCUGACAUCGCGCUCAGGCGAUUCCGGGUGCAGAAUUAUAGUGAUGAUUACAGAAGGCGCUCGGUUCUAGUAAUAAGACAUGCGAGGAACGAAGACUCUGCGACGUAUGAGUGCAGGGCUCAGGGCGCUGUGGGGCCGCCGGCCGUCGCCGCUGCGAAUGUCAGCGUGCUGCCGCCUGUGGUCACACCUCCUGACACAACGACUGGGUCGCCGUGUCCGAUGCCGGACCCCUCGUCAUACUGCCUCAAUGGCGGUACCUGUCUCUUCUUUGAGAUUGUACAGGAGCAAGCGUGCAAAUGUCCAGAAGGCUUCACCGGGCAGCGGUGCGAGACGAAGGAUGUUUCGAACAGAAGUAGUAAAGGAGAGCCUCUUUGGUGAGGAACUGAGGACUGAACGAAUGGAUUGAACGAUAUCUAUUCUUAGAUAAGCAUUCCGGUGUUAAACGAAUUUUGUACAGCCAUUAUCAUUUUACUGUAAUGAUUAUGUAAUUGUACGCUAACAUAAGGUUUGACGACUGAUAUCUUAAAAAUAUUUUAGCCAGGGUUGUUCUGCUCAUUUUGUGCGCCACCCUGGCCCCUCAACUACUACACUAACGCAUUUUGCGCCGCACAUGUUUACAUAUUAACGCUUUCUGUUUACAUAAAAAAAAUACAAAUUUCAAAAUAUUUGCAACAACCUAAGUAAGUUGUAAAAGUAUUUGCUAAAACAACUAAAGAGCGAUAUAGAAAAAUAACAUGAAAUAAAUUUGAAGAAAUACUGAAGUUUACUCCCACCAUUGCCUCUACCUGGCUUGAUUCUACAUCUAGAACUUAAGAUAUUCUAUAAUCCUAUACAGGUGAACUAUGAUUCUCAUCUAGAUGGAAAGCGAGCUCAUAAACUUUUGUAUUUAACCUUCAUCCUUACGCUUGGCUAGCUUUUGUAUAGUUACAACUCUUAAUUUAGGUUAUAUGGUGCUUAAAAUGACUUGUACGAAUUCAAAAUUGAUGUUCCUAAUACCAUAAUAUGUAUGUUACGAUGAAUGCCUACUUAAAACAAAUGAAGAGGUAUUAAGUAUAAUUUUUUUAUUUCAUAUAAAUUUAAAUAUUGGCUAAGUCAUCAAUCCAAUAUUUAAAAAAAAUAUCGAAUCUAACAGUCACACACAGUUUUGACUAAAUAUUAUAAGUCUUAAAACCCUAAACCCCAACGUAAUAUUUUUGAAUAACCUGAGAUUUUAUUAAAAACCGAAUUAU